AACAUGUAUUCUCCACGUGGUGAUGGUGUUUCCUUAUGGCCACGUAAAUAAAUAGGCUGCGCUGUGUAAUUACAUUUUCAAAUAGGCUAAAGUAGGCUAAGGGUAUUUAUCUGCUACUGAUUUAUCAUUAUCAAGCCUGGAGUCGUUCAAACCGAAGAAAUGGAAAAGGAGCGAAAAUCCCCCAAACAAUAUGAGUCUUUGGAACGAAGCAAAUUGGAUGGAAAAGCUGAUAAGAAGGGUGCAGUGUGAGGAUAUGACUCACCUUUGCCUCUAGCUGUGACUCUUCACAGGCGACACAGCGAGAGACGGUGAUGAGUCUCUAAAAAGCAGAGGAAGACAUUGUCUCAAUGGCGGACUCCACCAUCACAAUAGAUCACAUCGAAGGGGAGCUUUUCAGAAUCGAGCGGAUACGUGAUGUUCUAGUACGGAGGGAAUCAGAACUAAGAUACAUGAUGGACGACAUUCAGCUUUGCAAGGAAAUCACACGGCUGAAACAAGAACUUCAGAAGCUGGUGUCUGUUUCAGACACAGACAAAUCCAACGAGGACCGGCAGAGGGAGGAGGAGUUGCUGCAGCAGAUCCACAAGCUGGUGGAGACCAGGGACUUCCUGGUGGAUGAUGUGGAGUUUGAGAGGCUCAGAGAGAGAGAGGAGGACAAAGAAAUGGCUGAUUUCUUGCAGUCUAAAUUCCCAAAGACCUCAAAGAAAAAAGACAUCACAGAGGACCGAAGGAUGACCUCCAAAGCCCAGCAGACGUCGUCCACUCCCUUCGUCACCAAAACUGGUCUCACCCUUCUGAAGGAGUGUUGCGGCUUCACAUGCUCUGUCAUGUAG